GAACAAAUUAUAGAAGCACGUUCAAAUUUAUACGACCAGGAACUUACUACUUUAAUAAACAAUAUAAAAUCUGGUUUAGAAAAGGCUCAGGAUGGAUUUUUAAAAUGGAUGGGUUGCUGGAUUCAUUUAUCUUUAACAAUAUGCCUAUUGGGUGGAAGUAAUGGUCCUGAUUUUGCUCAAAGUGUUUGCCAG